UAUGGAAUGAUACAGUUUCCGGUAAACCACUUCGCGGAAUCACGCUCUAAAUUUGUUGUAAAUGUGGAGAUGGACCCUCAUUUGCAAGGAGGGCCUGGGGAAAAGAAGGCCAAAGGUCCAGCUCCUACAGUUGAGCAAAUACAAUCUGAUAUAAUAACACAGUUGGCCAACCAGUAUUGGUCUCCACAAAGAGGAGCCACAAGAUUGCCUUUUAAUCCUAAGAUAAUAGAUGACAUUUAUCAGAAGGAGAUUCUUGGAACAAAGUUUGCCAUGAGAAGGACUAUGAUGUUGGAAUUCAGUCAAUAUUUGGAAAACUAUCUUUGGCCAAAUUUCACUGAAGACAAGGCAAGCCGUGCUCACAUUUUGACCAUUUGUGUCAUGGUGAAUGAAAAAUUCAGGGAAAGAGUCCCAGCCUGGGAGGCGUUUCAGAAGUUUCCAGAUAAAUUUGGAGGUUUCUUCAGUCGGGUCAUGGCAACAUCUCUGGCAGAUGAUCUUACGCUUAGAGAACAAACGGUUCUCUUGGUGUUCCUGAAUCACUGCUUUAACAGUGUGGAAGUUGACCUAAUACGAGAGCAAUUUCAGAGUAUCGUCUCACUUACUAUGUGGGCCAGCAUCCUGACUGGACGCAGAGAUGAGAUUUUCAAAAAGUUUCCAAAGAUGAAGAAAUUUUGGAAAGUCAUACAAAAAAAAGAUGCUAAACUAGAUGCAGCUGCUCUAGAAAAGGCUACAAAUGAAAGAUGUUUCCUGUCCCGUCUGAUACACAAGUUCUACACAAUCUUAGAAUCUAUACCGGAAACAGGUGACUUGUCAAGGGACAAAGUGAUGUACUGUGAGAGGUUUCUGGAGUUACUUAUUGGUUUGGAAUCUCUGCUGCCAACUCGCAGGUUUUUCAAUGUGCUCCUUGAUGACCAUCACUUUAUUGUAAGGUGUAUGCUCGCAAAGCUUGGAAAGAGGGAGGAAGGAAAAUUAUUUUCUCAAUUGCUGGACAUGUUGAAAUUCUACACAGACUUUCAAAUAAAUGAUUACACAGGGGAAGCUCUGACAGAUUUAGAGAUGACAAACAAUCAUUACAACAAGUUCCUUGAUCUGCAGAGAGCAGCAUUUAAGUAUUACCCAGAGGAUCUGAGGAAAUUUGCUGUAAGCAAUGUUGGAAGUGUAGAUACAAGAGAAACUCUGCUGAAGCACUUUGGGGAACUUAGCAAUCUUGAUCUCCAGAAGAUUGCUUCAUAUCUCAAUUUAGUCGAACCUCCAGAAGAGAACAAAGGGAAUGCAUAUAACUCUGAGUUUCUCUUAGAAAUCUUGGUGUCAAGAAAUAUGAGAAGACAGUCUCAACUGGAGGCAUUGAAUGACAUGCCUUUGUAUCCCACAGAAGAAGUUAUAUGGGAUGAAAAUGUUGUCCCCACUGCAUAUUUUUCUGGAGAAGGUUGUUUAGCCCUCCCCAAACUAAACCUACAAUUUCUCACCUUACAUGACUACUUGUUGAGAAAUUUCCACCUUUUCCGACUGGAAUCUACAUAUGAGAUACGUCAGGAUGUGGAAGAGUCUGUGAGCAAGAUGCAGCCCUGGAAGGCAGAAGAUGGCACUACUUUAUUCAAUGGCUGGGCUAGAAUGGCUCAACCCAUUGUCUCCUUCAGUGUGGUAGAGGUUGCUAAGCCCAAUCUGGGAGAGAACCACCCGGCCAGGGUUAGGGCAGACAUCACUCUGCAUCUGAGUGUCAGACCAGAAAUCAAAAAUGAAUGGGAAAAUCUGCGAAAACAUGAUGUGGCAUUCCUGGUGACAGUACGUCCUCUGCAUGGCUAUGGGAAGAGAUACAACCACAAAGAGCCCUUUAUACCACAAGUUGGACUAACCUAUGUCAGAGGAUGUGAAAUUGAGGGCUUGCUGGAUGCAGAUGGAAAAGUAAUUGAGGAGGGUCCAGAACCAAAGCCCGACUUGCCAGGAGACACCAGGACAUACAGAGUGUGGCUGGACCCUAACCAGUACCAGACAGAUAUGGCAGAAACUGUGGAAGGCAAAGAGGAUGUUUAUGAGACCUUUAACAUCAUGAUGAGGAGGAGACCAAAGGAGAAUAAUUUCAAAGCUGUUCUGGAAACUAUAAGAGACCUGAUGAACACCCAGUGUGUGGUACCUGACUGGCUACACGACAUUAUUCUGGGCUAUGGGGACCCUGGUGCAGCACAUUACUCAAAGAUGCCAAAUUUUAUCAGCAGUUUGGACUGGAAUGAUACUUUUCUGAACUAUGACCACUUGGUGUCAUGUUUCCCUGGCUGGACUUUAAAGCCUAAGGUGACAGAUCCAGCCAAACUUGUGCCUCCUUUCAGACUAACCUUCCCAUCUAACUCUGGAAAGAAGAAAGCAGACGAAGAGGAGGAGGUUCCAGAGAAUACAAUACUGGUUGAACCCCAUGUUAUUCCCAACAGAGGUCCUUACCCUUAUAGUCAGCCUAAGAGAAAUGCCAUCCAGUUUACUCCUACACAGGUGGAGGCUAUCAAAGCUGGGAUGCAGCCUGGACUGACCAUGCAUACAGCCCUGGCACAGGAGAGGCAAAGAAAGGUGUAUGAUAAAUGGGCUCAUCAUCACCCAUAUAGAGAGGGUGACAAAGUGUGGUUACUAGUCAUGGUGUCCAAAACAAGGCACAGAAAACUAGCACUUCCUUGGGAAGGGCCUUAUAUUGUGAAGAAAAGAUUCCAGAAUGCAGAGGGCAUGCCAGGUGUCACUUACCGCAUACAACAUGAGGUGACGAAGAAGAAAAUGGUUGUACACCACAACAGACUGAAACCCUAUGAGGCACCAAGGAUACCUAACCCACUUCAAGCAGAUUCAGACUAUGUGACGGAGGAAGAUGAAUCAAAAAUACAUGUACCUAGACCCAACAUUUUUCAAGAGCAACUUCGUCUUGCCCCUGUACUUCCAGCAGAAGGUUACAUUGUACAUACCAGUAGAAAUUCGUUUGCAGCGCCGGAGGCUACUGCCUGUUGUGAGGGAGAGGAGCACAUCCCAGUGGAAGAAAAGACAGAAGAAGCGACUGUAGACGCUGGAAAGGACAAGGGAGCUUCGCAGGACAGUGGAGAACCCUUGGUCACAACCCGAUCAGGAAGAGUGGUGCGGCGACCCACCAAAUACAGAGACUUUGUGGCAGCUAUUGGAGAUGGCUACUAA